AUGACACGCCCAUUUACGGUUGGAGCUUGUGUGGUGAUCACGGUGGCAGCGGUAGUGGUGGGCGGCCUCGCUGGUCCCUCCCGCGCCCACACCUACGGCUCAGAAUGCGAGACUCUUCCCUCCACUAUACACGUGGCUAAAGAGGAAUUCGACGACGCAGGACGCCUUGUCAGGACCUGCGAGGAGGACCUGGCUGUGAACAAGUGCGAGGGCGCGUGCGUGUCCAAAGUGCAACCCUCCGUCAACACUCCUUCGGGAUUCCUGAAGGUGCGUCUUUUGUCAUAUUCUGUUCAGCGACCACGUGGUCAAGGGAACGACUGCCUAACGAGUUCAAGAUUGAACCCUCAGAAUUUGUGUAGAGUUUAA